UUGGUCACUUAAAAGCAUAGUAAGGACCCCGUUAUGCCAACCCAGCAUUGCAGUUAUCACGGCUGCAGUCUGUAAUCAACACAUUUAUCAUGGAGUUUACUAGUAUUCUUGAUUCUCUGGAGGACCUGGGAUACCAGGGUCCACUCCUAGAGGAUGGCACUUUUGAGACGGCUGUGAGUGGUGGGGCUGCAUCUCCAGAGUUCACUAAACUGUGCGCCUGGAUUGUGUCUGAGUUGAAGCUCUAUUGCAAACUAGAGGAGAACGUUCAUGCAACCAACUGUCCGAGCGAGGCUGAGGGGUUUCAGCUGGAGAUGAGUGGUCUUUUAGCCGAGCUAUCCUGUCCAUAUCCUGUGCUCAUCACUGGAGACGUCACCAAGCGUCUGCUAAAUGCAAACAACUGUCUCUUACUGCUAGGCUUUCUGAUCUCCGAGCUGGAGGCCUCCAGGAUGAUCCUGGUAAACCAUCCCCAGAAGAAGGUGCAGGAGAUGGGAGGCAGUAAAGUCUUCAUGGAGCUGAAGGGCAUCUGUAUGGCUCUGGGAAUGUCAAAACCUCCUGCUAACAUAACCAUGUUCCAGUUCUUUAGUGGCAUUGAGAAAAAGCUGAAGGAAGCUUUGUCCAAGGUCCCUCCGUCUUAUAUAGGGGAGCCUUUACUGAAGAAACCACUGGGCCCUGUUCAUUGUGAGAAAAUCGAAGCAAUAAACCAAGCACUUGUGAAUGAGUAUGAAGUCAGAAGGAAAAUGUUGUUGAAACGUCUGGAUGUGACAGUGCAGUCUUUUGGCUGGUCAGAAAGAGCAAAGAUACAUGCUGAGAGGCUUACUAAAGUGUACCAGCCUCUUCGUAUGGUACUAGCCACUAAGACGAGGGUGUCUGUGGCUCACCUGUUUGCUGCUAGACAUGAUUUAUCAAAGAUUCUGCGAACCAGCAGUGGUCACAUCAGAGAGAAAACAUCCUGUGCUAUUAACAAGGUCUUGAUGGGUCGUGUGCCUGAUCGAGGAGGCAGACCAAAUGAGAUUGAACCCCCACCUCCAGAGAUGCCCACGUGGCAGAAACGUCAAGAUGUUCCACAAGGGGGCAGCGGAGGGCAGCACUACUCUGGUGGUAGUGGUGGGGGAAGAGGUGGAGGACGGGGUGGCUACGAUCAGCAGCAGGGUAGCCGGGGAGGCUAUGAGAGAGGUGGAGGGAGGGGUGGGAGAGGAGACCAACGUGGGGGUAAAGUUCAGGGGGGCUGGCAGGACAGCUCUGGUGGAGGCGUAUACCAGGGUCAUUACCAGGAUGGCGGAUAUCGAGGAGGUGGAGGAAGUGGCGGCUACCACGGAGGACAACAGGGAUUAGGAUACCAAGGUGGUGGAGGGUAUCAGGGUGGAGGUGGGGGUUACCAGAACGAAGGAUAUUAUCAGGAUGGAGGGCGACACCAGGAGAGAGGUGGCAGGGGGGGUCGUGGAGGUAGAGGGAGAGGGGGAGGAAGAGGAGGCGGGGAGGGAGGGGGAUGGGGUGGAAGAGGGGGGCAGAAUUUUAACCAAGGAGGGCAGUUUGAGCAGUUCUUUCAGCAAGGUGGGCAACAAUAUAACCAGGCGGGCUUUGGGCAAGGAAGACAAUAUACUAGUUAAAGACCGAGACGGUUACUGCCAGCUACGGGUUCGGAGAGGAUGCACAAUUCUCGAGGGCAUGAGAUGAGAUGCAGGCCUUGAGAUCCCUGAUGAAUGGACAGGCAUGAAAUCCCAUAUUCACCUGGUGCCUCUGGGGUCUGCUUUAUUGAGAUCUCCUCGCAAUGAACAUAAUGUGCUUUUUUGCAUGUGUAGAGUUGAUGGUCUAAAUGGUUACGUUUCCACCAGACCAUUUAAAUUCACUUAUUUUGAAGUGUAAGAUUGGGUUGCCAAAUAACUCCCAGGGUGAACUUUGUGUUGCUGGGUUUGUGUUCCUCUUCCUCCAUUUGGUAUCUUACACUGAUUCAGUCUACUGCCUGUUUGAAACUACCCCGACUCUGAAUCUGACAAUGCCUUAUACUAGAGAUUAUAAAGAAGUUAUUGAAAACUUUUUUUAUUUUUAUUUUUUCCUAGUUUUAUUUAUGGAAACUGUUCUUUAUGACAUCAUUAAUGUUAUAGAUUUUCAUGUUCAUUAGUUCUCUGUGUCCAUCCUGUUAUUUAAACGAUCAGCACUUGAAGAAUAUUUUUUUUUUUGAUUUUGCUGAAUGUGUUUAAAAAUGCCCAUUAUUACAGUUAAGCAGCUUGGGUGGUUUCACCAGUCUUGAUUCUAACGUGUGAAUGUUUAUUUGCUAAAGUAUGUAAACUCAUACAGUAUUUGACAGACAUGAAUUUUUUUUUUUUUUUUUGCUGUUUUGGGAAAGUGUGUAAAGAUCACCUUUAAUGGUUUUGGAUGAUCAAAUAAACCAAAUAGAAAAGUGUUCACAGUACUAGUGUUGAACAUUACUAUGAUGUUAUAAUAACGUGCGUAAUGCAUGUGGAGUAGGCACUUAGGACAGCAGCGUUCUCUGGGGCGCUACGGGAUCAGUGUUAGGAACGAACAGUAGCUUACCAAAAAGCCUUCUCUCUCUCUCUCUCUCAAAUGUAAGAAGCUUUAAUGGCAUGAUAAAAUAGAAACUUACAUUGCCAAAGCAUAGUAACAUUAAAUACACAUAUAUUUACACACAUACUGUAUACACUAAGUUAAAGAAAAAGAUUAGGGAGAUAAAAGGUACACAAUUAACGAUAUACACACAUUUCUGUAUGAAAACGGCUUAAGGGCAAAUUUCUUUUGUGAUAAACUUGUGACAGUGUUUUUUUUUUUUUAUUUUAUUUUUUAUUUUUUUAAGCAUGACAUGCACACAAUUUUUAUCGAUAAACAGUCAUUUGAAUGGAAAGAUUUUUUUAUGCAUUUUCACUUUGUCGAUAAUAAAACAGCGUGAAAAGUGGAUGGAAACUAGGUUUAUGCUGCCUUCAAUCAAAUGAAGGUAUCUCAGUAGACAGGAUGUGAUGCAAACAUUGGAUUCGGACAUGCCUUGAUCCCUUCCAACUUCCAUAUACAGCCUCCGGAGGCAGCAUUUUCCUGAUUUCGGCUGCAGCCACUGUUUGCGGACAUCAUACAAAUGAAUGGUAGGAGCUGUACACUGGCAAUUUACCCGUCACAAAAUUAUUCGUGUUUUCUCUUAUAAAACUGCAAUUUUAGUUAAGUAAACUCCAAUUCAUUAAGUUAUUUAUUUGUUAUUAAAUGGAGGGUUGAGACAAAAUUAUUUUUGUGAUAAUCAACAUUAUGCCACAAAUGCUGUCGAUUGAGCUGAACUUGUAUUGAAACCAGAAUAUUCCUUUAAUGUCACCCCAUUCACAUUAUGCGCCAGAGAAACUAGUGCUCAGCUGUCUUGAAAAUGUCUGAACUCCCAGUUUUGCGUAUUCUAUAUAGAUUUCUAUGGUGUUGAUAUUAGUGUAAUUUGCUAGCGAAGUGUAUUUACAGAUUAUAGAGUUGUCAAAAGUUAGGAGUAUUUUAAAGUGUUCAGGGGAUGUCAUAACAACUGGAAGCAGAGGGGGGAGAUUUUAAACAGGAGAACUUCAUUCAUACACUGAUCAACCACAACGUUAAAACCACCUGGCCGCAAAAACAGCUCCAACCCGCAAUCAGAAUAGAUCUGAAAUGCUAUAUUUCGCCACAAUUGUGCAGAGCAGUUAUCUGAGUUACCAUAGACUUUGUCAGUUUGAACCAGUCUGGCCAUUCUCUGUUGACCUCUCUCAUCAACAAGGUGUUUCCAUCUACAGAACUGCCACUCACUGGAUGUUUUUUGUUUUUGCCACCAUUCUGAGUAAAUUCUAGAGACUGUUGUGCGUGAAAAUCCCAGUAGAUCAGCAGUUACAGAAAUACUUAAACCAGCCCAUCUGGCACCAACAAUCAUCCAUGCAAUUAUCUAAUCAGCCAAUCGUGUGGUAGCAAUGCAGUGUAUAAAAUCAUGCAGAUAUGGGUCAGGAGAUUCAGUUAAUGUUCACAUCAACCAUCAGAAUAGGGAAAAAAUGUGAUCUCAGUGAUUUGGACCGUGGCAUGAUUGUUAGUGUCAGAUGGGCUGGUUGGAGUAUUUCUGUAACUGCACACAAAGUGCUGUGUGUCAAAGCUGUCUGAAUGUGAUUUGCCAGCUGGUCCGAGGUUCUCAGAAAAUAUUUACCAUAAAACAGAAAAACGAACAGUGACCGUAAAACACCUCAAUAGCAUUUUCACGUAGUAAAGGGGUGGUGUAGACCCAUACCAUCAACUCUUGCUGAAAAAUACUUUCUGUGUUCCCACACACAAUCCUUUUUGAUCGACUCUUCUCAGUAGCUUUAAUGUAAAUCGGAAGUUAAGAGACGGAGUGCUGAAAAGGGGCAGGGCUGAAUAAGAUGAACAGAGCUGUUCAGCCGUGACAUCAAUUUGUAGGCGAACCCAGAAGUCUAAUUCACCAUGGGUUCCCUCAGGAUUUUCCUAUGGGUUUUUAUAAUGGGGGUUUUCAACUUCUGAGUUAAAUAAGGUCUGUGGUAGGGUGACCAGAUGUCCCGGAUUACACGGGACAGUCCCGAUUUUAAGAGGUGUGU